UCAGGGUGCGCGCCGCUCCAGCUGCAGCCGGCUCAGCAGGCCGAGCCUUCCGCUGAAAGCGGCGAGCCGGGGACGGACGGCGUGGCCGCCUCUCGCCGCGCGGGGACACCAGGGCUGCGGCCCUGCCUCCUCCCCGCGCCCCACCCGCUUCCUGAGCUAAAAGUAGCCUAAGCCGCAGAACUUGCAGAAGUCCUCUCCGCCUCCGGGAGGGCGAGCUGCGCGCAGGCCCUCCACCGCCUGACACCGGCGCACGUGGGGAGCAGCUGCUGCAGGUGGCGUCGCGGGUGGUGUCAAUGAAGCGCAGCCUGAGGAGGAUGCUGCGCCCUGGGGAGAAGGAGCCCCAGAGCGCGGUCUACCAGGGCGUGGAGGACGACAUGGACGACUCCAGGGACUCGCUGAAGGUGGUUUUUGAAGGAAGUGAAUGCAAAUUAAAACGCUUUAUGAAGAAACAAAAGGCAUCAGGCAGAUAUGAUGCGAACACCUCCCCUCUGCACCAUGCCGCAGAAGAAGGUCAGGUGGAGCUGAUGGAAAUGAUCCUCAAUGACUCCUCAUGUGAAGUGCUGAAUGUGAUGGAUGACUAUGGAAAUACCCCUCUGCACUGGGCCACAGAGAAAAACCAGGUGGAAAGUGUUAAGUUUCUUCUGAGCAGAGGAGCCAACCCAAACCUCCAGAAUGGCCACAUGAUGGCCCCCCUCCACAUAGCCGUGCAGAACACACACAAUGAAGUAUUGAAGGUCUUGACCGAGCACAGCAAUACUAAUAUUAAUUUGGAAGGAGAAAGUGGAAACACAGCUGUGAUGAUUGCAUGCUCCAAAGAUAAUAGUGAAGCACUGCAAAUUUUGUUAACUAAAGGCGCUAAGCCAUGUAGAUCAAAUAAAUGGGGAUGUUUCCCUAUUCACCAGGCUGCAUUUUCGGGUGCCAAAAAAUGCAUGGAAAUAUUACUAAAGUUUGGUGAAGAAAAUGGAUAUAGCAUACAGUCUCAUAUUAACUUUGUGAAUAAUGGGAAAGUCAGCCCUCUCCACAUGGCAGUUCAAAGUGGUGACUUGGAAAUGAUUAAAAUAUGCCUUGACAAUGGUGCACAGUUGGACUUGAUGGAGAAUGGGAAGUGCACAGCCCUUCAUUUUGCUGCCACCCAGGGAGCCACUGAAAUUGUUAAAUUGAUGAUAUCCUCCUAUUCUGGUAGCAGCGAUAUUGUUAACAUUGUGGAUGGAAAUCAGGAGACACUGCUUCACAGAGCCUCAUUAUUUGAUCACCAUGAACUAGCAGACUACUUAAUUUCAGUGGGAGCAGAUAUUAACAGCAUCGAUUCUGAAGGACGUUCUCCACUUAUAUUAGCAACUGCUUCUGCAUCUUGGAAUAUCGUAAAUAUGCUUCUCUCAAAAGGUGCCUGUGUAGACAUAAAAGAUCAUCUUGGACGAAAUUUUUUGCAUUUGACUGUACAGCAGCCUUAUGGAUUAAAAAAUUUGCAACCUGAGUUUAUGCAGAUGCAACAUAUUAAAGAGCUGGUAAUGGAUGAAGACAAUGAUGGGUGUACUCCUCUACAUUACGCAUGUAGACAGGGGGUCCCUGGCUCUGUAAAUAACCUACUUGACUUUAAGGUGUCCAUUCAUUCCAAAAGCAAAGAUAAGAAAUCACCCCUACAUUUUGCAGCCAGUUAUGGGCGUAUCAAUACCUGUCAGAGGCUCCUUCAAGACGUAAGUGAUACAAGGCUUUUGAAUGAAGGUGACCUUCAUGGAAUGACUCCUCUCCACUUGGCUGCAAAAAAUGGGCAUGAUAAAGUAGUUCGACUUCUUCUGAAAAAAGGUGCAUUAUUUCUCAGUGACCACCAUGGUUGGACUGCUUUGCAUCAUGCCUCGUUGGGUGGGUACACUCAGACCAUGAAGGUCAUUCUUGACACUAAUUUGAAGUGCACAGAUAAGUUGGAUGAAGAAGGGAAUACUGCACUUCACUUUGCGGCAAGGGAAGGCCAUGCCAGAGCUGUUGCACUUCUUCUGAGCUACAAUGCCAACAUUGUCUUGAACAAGCAGCAGGCCUCCUUUUUGCAUGUUGCAAUUCACAAUAAGAGGAAGGAGGUGGUUCUUACGACCAUCAGGAGCAGAAGAUGGGAAGACUGUUAUACAGUUUUCAGUCAUCAUUCUUCAAGCAAUAAGUGUCCAAUCAUGGAGAUGGUAGAAUACCUCCCUGAAUGCAUGAAAGAACUUUUAGAUUUCUGCAUGAUGCCCUCCACAGAAGACAAAUCCUGCCGAGACUACCACAUUGAGUAUAAUUUCAGGUAUCUACAAUGCCCAAUAGAAUUCACCAAAAAACUAUCACCUUCACAGGAUGUUACAUAUGAACCUCUUACACUCCUCAACACAAUGGUACAACAUAACCGCAUAGAGCUUCUCAACCAUCCUGUGUGUAAAGAAUAUUUACUUAUGAAAUGGUUGGCUUAUGGGUUUAGAGCCCAUAUUAUGAACCUAGGAUCUUACUGUCUUGGUCUCAUACCUAUGACCUUCCUUGUUGUCAGUAUAACGCCAGGCAUGGCUUUCAAUUCAACUGGAAUCAUCAAUGAAACUAUUGAUCAUUUAGAAAUAUUAGACAGCAAGAAUUCAUAUCCUAUAAAAAUUUGUAUGAUUUUAGUUUUUUUAUCAAGUAUAUUUGGAUGCUGCAAAGAAGUGGUCCAAAUUUUCCAACAGAAAGGCAAUUACUUUUUGGAUCAUAACAAUGCAGUUGAAUGGGUAGUCUACACAACAAGCAUCAUUUUUGUGUUGCCCUUGUUCGUUGGUGUUCCAGCCUAUGUGCAGUGGCAAUGUGGGGCAAUCGCUAUAUACUUCUACUGGAUGAACUUCUUACUGUAUCUUCAGAGAUUUGAAAAUUGUGGAAUUUUCAUCGUUAUGUUGGAGGUAACCAUGAAAACUUUGUUGAGGUCUACCAUUGUAUUCAUCUUCCUCCUUUUGGCUUUUGGACUCAGCUUUUACGUCCUCCUGGGUUUCCAGGAUGCUUUCAGCUCUCCAUUGCUUUCCAUAAUCCAGACCUUCAGCAUGAUGCUAGGAGAUGUCAAUUAUCAUGAUGCCUUCCUAGAGCCAUUUCUGAGAAAUGAACUGGCAUAUCCAGUUCUGUCCUUUGCACAACUUAUAGCCUUCACAAUGUUUGUCCCAAUUGUGCUCAUGAAUUUACUUAUUGGUUUGGCAGUUGGUGACAUUGCUGAGGUCCAGAAGCAUGCCUUGUUGAAGAGGACUGCUAUGCAGGUGGAACUUCAUACCAGCUUAGAGAAGAAGCUGCCACUCUGGUUCCUACGCAAAGUAGAUCAGAAAUCCGCCAUCGUGUAUCCCAACAGAUGCAGAUAUGGUCGAGGGUUCAUACAUGUAUUUCAUAUCUUUUGCACCCAUGAAACAAGACAGGAAAUACCAAAUGUCGAUACAGCUUUAGAAAUAGAAAUAUUGAAGCAGAAAUACCGGCUCAAAGAUCUCAAUUCUCUUUUGGAAAAACAGCAUGAGCUGAUUAAACUCAUCAUUCAGAAGAUGGAAAUCAUCUCUGAGACAGAGGAUGAAGAUAAUCAUAGUUCUUUUCAAGAUAAGUUCAAAAAAGAGCAAUUAGAACAAAGGCAUAGCAGAUGGAAUUCUGUGUUGACAGCAGUAAAGGCAAAAACCCACUAGCCCUUAGCAUUAGUAAACCAUGCCUGGAUUAGGGCUUCCUGUGAGCAGUUUGCAUGACUUACUGGGUCUAAUUUCCAAUUUGGAAAGAGUGAGGAAGAAGCAGAAAUACUAUUCUGAUUCCAUUCCAUAUGAAAUCAUGGUUUCUGCAUUCUAUAUAAAAGUUAACUGCAUCUUUCUAUUCAUAUUUUCUGCCAGUCAGUAUGUAUAGGGAAUAUCUUUGCUAAUAAGUUCAAGUUGGACUUUAUCUGUCAUUAUUUGAGUGGGUAGAAAACCAGUUUGCUAGAAUACACAUCUUAAUGAUAAGGAGCAAUAAAAUAUAGCUACUGAGCUAGAAUACAAAUGUUAGUACUGGACUCCUGCUUGAUAAUUAUAUAAUAUGUAAUACAUUAAACAAUAAAGUAUUUUAUUAGGCUUUACCAUUUGAUAUGCUUUCUUGUGUUGGGAGAACCUAUGGGAGCCUUGUGCACUGUUGUGACCAUAAUAAAUUGCCCCGCCCUUCUUGCUGUUCCCAACAUAUCCUAUGUCACUUUGAGUUGAGGCUCAAAUUAGUAGACUCUAUGAUAUGCAUGAAUUUUACUAUAGACACCAUAUGUUACUUCUGUAUUGUUUUGUUCAUCAAAGAUCACAAUAAAUGUAAAACCUAUAC